AUGGAAGGAAGAGUAUCAGGUGUGAGGAAAGGAGCAUGGAGUCAAACUGAAGAUGAGCUUCUCAGAGAAUGCGUGCAACUCUAUGGCGAAGGAAAGUGGCAUCUUGUUCCUCAAAGAGCAGGGUUGAACAGAUGCAGGAAGAGUUGUCGACUGAGAUGGUUGAACUAUUUGAAACCAAAUAUCAAGAGAGGGGAUUUCAGUGAAGAUGAGGUCGAUUUGAUGAUCAGAUUGCAUAAGCUUUUGGGGAUCAGAUGGUCUCUGAUUGCAGGAAGACUUCCGGGAAGAACUUCAAACGAUGUGAAGAAUUACUGGAACACCAACAUGCGCCGGAAAGUACAAUCUCACAACAGAGAUGAGGAGAACAACAACAACAAUGUGAAAGAAUCCGAAAGAAGUUGGAAACCCCACAAAGUGAUAAAGCCUGUGCCUCGAGCUUUGGCAAAAGCAUCGGCCAUGGUGCAUGGGAAAUUGAUGAGUAGUUCGAAAGUUGGUGUUAGUGAAGCAGUUUCAGCAGGGUCUGAGAAUUGGUGGGAAACUCUGUUAGAUGAUAAGGAAGAGAACAUUAACAACAGCACGUGCUUCCCUGUUGGGAAAGAUGGAUCAUUUGAGCUUUGGGAUGAAGAACUUGUCUCCAUUCCUUCUGAGUUUUUUGCAGAAGCUGAAACAUGGAGCGAUUUUCUUCUUAACUAA